AUGGAUGACAGGAUACAAGACAUCUAUAAAAAGAUUGAGCGCGAGAAAGCUCUGAUCAAUGCUGCCAAUUUGAUGCGACAGCAGACCAACAAUGAUGCCGUCCGAUCCAAGCUCGACACCCAGAUGCGCGAGGGCCGCCGCAACCUCGAGUUCUUUGAAGGGACGCUGCGGGAAAUGCAGAUGCGCAGCAUGGGCCAAGGGAUGGACAACCUGAGCAUCGGCGGCUCUACCAUUGCCGCCAGCGCAUCCUCUUCGUCCCGCCCGCGAAGUGCCGUUGAGGAAGAUGGCCCCAUGCCUCCUCCUAAGGAUGGGGGAUAUGGCGCUAGCGGUGACGGCUAUGGCCAAACGCAGUACAGUCAGAUCGGCGAGCAUGGCGAUCUGAUGCCGCCGCGAGGUCCUUUCGCCAACCAGGGCCCGGGGAGCCAUAUGCCAAAAACACGACCAAACUUUACAAAGCUGGAUUUGAUCAAAUACGAUACGCCAUACCUUGGCCCUCGGAUUCAACUUAUGCUGUCGCAAAUUCAGUUCAAGCUCAAUGUUGAGGAACAGUACCUGAAAGGUAUUGAAAAAAUGGUACAGUUGUAUCAGAUGGAGGGAGAUAAGAAGAGCAGAGCCGAUGCAGCCGCCCGUCGGGUUGAGAGCAAGCAAAAAAUCGUACUUCUGAAACAAGCUUUGCGAAGAUAUGAGGAACUGCACAUAGACAUUGAUUCAGGAGACUCGCCGGAUGAUGAUAGUAUCAACAUGCCCAACCUCCGGAAGCCACUGACCGGUCAACUAUCGAUUCGAGUCAUUGCCAUCAAAGAUGUCGACCACGCUCCGACAGGACGCUUUGCCCGGGGCCCCGACACUUUCGUGGCGAUCAAAGUGGAGGACAAUAUCGCCGCCCGUACCAGAGUGUCUCGAACAGACAGGUGGGAGAACGAAUAUCACAACGUAGAGGUCGACAAGGCAAACGAAAUUGAGCUCACCGUUUAUGACAAACCUGGAGAGCACGCAAUCCCCAUAGGGAUGCUCUGGGUCAGAAUAUCUGAUAUCGCUGAAGAGCUGCGAAGGAAGAAGAUCGAAGCGGAAACUAAUAGUCUGGGCUGGGUGUCAGCGGACCGUAUGGGCGACGUCAACAAUCCUGCUGCUAGAGUUCCCCCUCCACAAUUUCCAAUGAAUACUCAACAACAGCAGCCUGGUGGCCCGCCAGUAUCCCCCGGCUUCCAGGGCCAGCAGCAAGGGUAUGGUCAACCGGGGGAUCCGCAGCAGCCAGGUCAGCAAGGCCAGAUGGGACAGGUUCAGGAACCUAUUACAGGCUGGUUCAACCUCGAGCCUACUGGCUCCAUCCAGCUCAGCCUGAACUUUUUCAAGCAGAACAAGGAUCGUCGCCCCGUGGAUUUGGGUCUUGGACGCAAGGGCGCCAUCCGUCAACGCAAGGAGGAGGUUCACGAGAUGUAUGGACAUAAGUUUGUGGAACGCCAGUUCUACAACAUCAUGCGCUGCGCGCUCUGUGGGGACUUCCUCAAGGGUGGAUCAGGGAUGCAGUGCGAGGACUGCAAGUACACUUGCCAUAUCAAGUGCUACACGAGCGUGGUCACCAAAUGCAUCAGCAAAUCCAAUGCUGAAACUGACCCUGACGAGGAGAAGAUCAACCACAGGAUUCCCCACAGAUUCGUGGCGUUCUCUAACCUCACUGCUAAUUGGUGCUGUCACUGCGGUUACUUAUUGCCAUUCGGGAAGAAGAACUGCAGGAAAUGCAGCGAGUGUCAAAUGGCGGCCCAUGCUGGCUGUGUACACCUGGUGCCCGAUUUUUGCGGUAUGUCGAUGGCUGUCGCAAACCAAAUUCUCGAGGGUAUCAGGUCACAAAAACAACGCCAGCAAAAGGCUAGCUCUAUGAGUGACCGCACGUUGCGCAGUGGAAAAAUGAGCCCGCCUGGAUCCGGGCACGCCCCGUCGGCGUCAUUCUCUCAGGGCAUGGGAUCAAGCUACGGUCAGGCAUCUCCUGAAGCCACGGAAGCUGCCAAAUUCAUGUACUCUAGCCAAACCUCACCUCAGCGGAUCACUUCUCCAGAUAGGACGUCAAGCUCGUCUCAAGCUGCGGCUGCGGCAACGGCUGCUAUGAGUGGUCUGCCGGGAGCCAUGUCUUCUCAGCCUGGACGGCAAGGACAGCAGCCUAUAACUGAUUACAGUUCGGCCAGCGGGGGUCGCUAUGGUUCAUAUGGUCCCCAUGAUGAUCCAUACGCCCAACCGCAGCAGUCACCGCCGCCGCAACAGCAAGCGGCGUACGGACAGCCCCAGCAGCGAAAGUACAAUCCUGCAGACUACGCCAACAUCAGCGGAGGAUACGGCAGCCAGCCGCAGAUGGCUCAGCAGCAGCAACAAGCUCGACCCCAACAGCCGCAGCAACAACAACCGAUGUACUCUCCCCAGCAGCACGCAUCACAAGUUCAGCAGCCCCUGUCACCUGUCAAGCAGCAGCAUCAGGAACAACAAAUCAUCUCGCCGACUGCAGGAACCGUUAUUCCGACAUCUGCAAAGAGGCCUCUUCCUUCAGCCACGGAUCCGGGAACAGGCCAGCGCAUUGGACUUGACCACUUCAACUUCUUGGCUGUGCUUGGCAAGGGCAACUUCGGCAAGGUCAUGCUUGCAGAAUCCAAAAAGACUAGGAAGCUCUAUGCCAUCAAAGUUCUCAAGAAGGAGUUCAUCAUCGAGAACGACGAGGUUGAGAGCAUUCGCUCGGAGAAGCGAGUGUUCCUCAUCGCCAACCGCGAACGCCAUCCCUUCCUCACCAACCUACACGCCUGCUUCCAGACUGAGACGCGUGUAUACUUCGUGGAAGAAUACAUUAGUGGUGGAGAUUUGAUGUUGCACAUCCAACGAGGACAGUUCGGCACCCGUAGGGCCCAGUUCUAUGCUGCCGAAGUUUGCUUGGCUCUCAAGUACUUCCACGAGAACGGUGUCAUCUACCGCGAUCUCAAGCUCGACAACAUUCUUCUCACUCUUGACGGUCACAUCAAGAUUGCCGACUAUGGUCUUUGCAAGGAAGACAUGUGGUACGGCUCUACCACGAGCACGUUCUGCGGUACUCCCGAGUUUAUGGCGCCAGAAAUUUUGCUUGACAAGAAGUAUGGUCGAGCAGUCGACUGGUGGGCGUUUGGCGUUUUGAUCUACCAGAUGCUUCUUCAACAGUCUCCUUUCAGAGGUGAAGACGAAGAUGAAAUCUACGAUGCCAUUCUGGCAGACGAGCCGCUGUAUCCUAUUCACAUGCCGCGCGACUCUGUUUCGAUUCUGCAAAAGCUGCUCACCAGGGAACCGGACCAGCGUUUGGGAAGUGGACCGACUGAUGCCCAGGAGGUCAUGUCGCAACCCUUCUUCCGCAACAUAGUCUGGGAUGACAUUUAUCACAAACGCGUUGCGCCGCCGUUCCUGCCACAGAUCAAGAGUGCCACGGAUACGAGUAACUUUGACUCGGAGUUUACUAGUGUUACGCCUGUCCUGACACCAGUCCAAUCAGUUUUGUCCCAAGCGAUGCAGGAGGAGUUCCGCGGCUUUUCGUACACGGCAGACUUCGACUGA